AUGGCGAUUCAACUCGAGGGCAAUGCUCUUCUCUACACAGUAACUACCCUGACCUGUCUUGGUUUUCUUCUUAUCGGUUUUGACAAUGGUUUGAUGGGUGGCUUCAUCAACGGUGCUGCCUUCACCGAGACCUUUGGCAUCAACCUCAAGACAAACUACGGUACCAAUAUCAUUGCGUUAAUUGUAGCGAUCUACGAAAUCGGUUGUUUCAUCGGAGCUGUCACGACCAGUUUCGUUGGUGAGAAGCUGGGUAGACGCAAGUCGGUCCUCAUUGGUGUCAUUAUCAUGAUUGUCGGCGCACUCUUGCAAGCUACUGCGUACCACGUUGCCCACAUGAUUGUUGCAAGAAUUGUCAGCGGUAUUGGUAUGGGCUUCAUCAACUCAACAGUACCAGUCAUCCAAGCCGAGUUCUCUCCUAAGGCAACUCGCGGCAGAUAUGUCUGCGCACAGCUCUCGACACUGAACUUUGGUAUCAUGAUGGUCUAUUGGAUUGACUAUGCUUUCUCAACUGCCGACAACGGAUCGGGCACUAGCUACGUCUGGCGUGUGCCUACGAUUCUCCAAGUCAUCUUCCUAAUUCCCAUGAUUUUCAUCAUCUGGAUCAUCCCUGAGACUCCUCGUUGGCUCGCCGCCAGAGAUCGUAAUGAAGAAGCUCUUGAAGUUCUGGCCCGCCUCAACAAGAACAGAAUGAGCCACGAGGAGAUUCAGAACAUUCACACCGACAUUGUUCGCACUGUGGCCAUCGAGAAGUCUAUUGGUGCUGGCUCCUGGGGUGACCUUCUCAAGAAUGACAGUAUCCAGAGCAGACGCAGAUUCCUCAUUGCUUGCAGCAUUCAGGCAUUCCAACAGUUGGGUGGUAUCAACGCACUAAUCUACUACUCUGGUACCCUCUUCAAGGACAGUCUUGGCUUCGAUGGUCAUCUCUCUGGUCUCAUGUCCGGAUUCUUGAACACAUGGUUCUUCUUGGCUUCCUUCAUUCCUUGGUUCUUGAUUGACAGAGUUGGUCGUCGUCCUCUGCUGUUGUCCAUGGUUAGCUUGAUGGCAGCGGUCAUGGCCGUUCAAACAGGCCUUGUUUACCAGACACAGCACCAUACAUCCAUUGCCCACGGUGCCGGUAUUGGUGCAGCAGCGAUGCUCUUCAUCUUCCAGGGUGCCUUCACCAUCGGCUUCCAAGCCACCGUUUGGGUCUAUCCAUCCGAGAUCCUUCCUCUCCGUCUCCGCCAAAGAGGUUCUUCCAUUUCCACGGCCACCAACUGGAUCCUAAACUUCUUGGUCGUCUACAUCACUCCUCCUGCCAUCAGAAACAUUGGAUGGAGAACCUACAUUAUCUUUGCCGUGCUCAAUGCAACAUGGGUACCUAUCAUGUACCUGUUCUACCCCGAAACACGUGGCCUUGCUUUAGAAGACGUUGACAGACUGUUCACAAAGGAAGGCUUCGAAGAGGGUUUCGAUGCUGCGAUGAACGAGAAGAAUAUCGAAUACCAGACCGACAAGAUCGAGAAGGUAUGA